AUGGACUCCGAAUAUCUCAAGAAACACGUAGGAAAUGCAUUAGCCUUGGGGUUAGCAGAAAUAGCGGAGAAAAGACCCGUUGAUCCGAUCGAAUAUCUUGCUCACUGGCUAAGAAAGUACGUUGAGAAUCAAGACGUUGCGAAGAAGGUAGUAUAAGCAAACCCUAUCUUUAUCUCAGACUUGCUUGCACCUUGGCUGUUUUCUUCCCUGGUUAAUUUAGCUGCUUAUUCCACUCCUAGUUUAGUGUUAUUAUACCGAAAAACGUGAUUGUGCCGUUUAAAGCUUUUAUUGGUUAAGUAUGAGAAUUGAAAGCUCAAAUUUAUGUGGCUUUCUGCAUGUUGUCGUUUUAAAGCUACCAAUGCAAAACAUCUGUUCUCAGGUUAAAUAAACCAGUAUUGAACCCUACCCUUGUUAGAAGCUUAAUACCCUAGUAGAUUCGAAAGGUUUAUCCUGAGAACACAUCUGGUUAUUAUUUGAAGAGCACUUAAGAAAAUUUAAUAAAUUGUUUCCAAUCUUUAAUUUUCUGACUCUGCUUUUUUGUAGAAAGUUGAAGAGCAGGAAGCCCUUGAAAAAGAGAGAGAAAAAGCAGAAGAAGAACGUAUUAGAGAACAACUGAGGAAAGAGGAGGCAGAAAACAUUGCACGACAGGAGGCUUAUGAAAAGGCAGCAAGUGAGGAGGUUGUUAUUGAUCAGACACCAAGACCAAUACCUCCUGAAGUUACUGGCACUCUUGCACCUGUUGCUGAGGGUGAUGAAGGUAAGGCAUUUUUAGUAGUAGUGACAAUCUCCUCGAAAACCAUGUAAUGUAAUGAGCAAGGAGCUUCAUCUCUAGAGAUUAUUAUUAUUAUUUUUUACUAUUAUUAUUGUAAUCAUAACUAUAACAAAAUUGUCAAAUCUGAUUGGCUAUCAACUGCCCUGAUUUCAGUCUUAAUUGGACAGUUUAAUAGGACAGUACGCAUCAUGCCUCAGUAAUUGGACAGUAUGCGCCAUCAUGCGCGUGCUUAAAUGGCUUUUUUUUUUCACUGCUAGCAAAACAAAAUUUCGAAUUUCUUGUGUUUUGAUUUAAAAAAUAACCUAUUAUGUCACAAAUUUUGUUAAAGUUAUGAUUAAUUGGUAACAGAACUUCGUGUCAUCCAAUUCGGUCUGUAAUCAUACUCGUGAUUAAACAAAUUGGACUCCCGCUAUGUGGUCGUCCGAUUUUGUUAAUCACUCGUAUGAUUACAGACCGAAUUGGACUCCACUCAGUCCUGUUGCCAUUACUUAUUAUAUAAUUAUAAAAUACUUAUUAUAAUCAUUCAUGAACUUUUUUAACAUCUCAUGACAGCCCCGCAAGUAAUUGACAGUAUAGAAUAGGAAUUUGAGAGUGACAAAAUGAGUAGCAGCCAGGGAGAAGUUUUGAGCUUACAGCAAAUCAAAAGCCAAUCUAAACCUAAUAUUAGUGUGUAUUGAAAGAGUUUGUAUGUCAUUUGGUUUCCCAAACAUGGUGCAAGUACUUGGAGGAGUGAAAAAGAGUUUGAGGACUCACAGAGAGCGUGAGAGGGGAGCGUGACCUAAUGUUCACUACAUAAGUUGGAUGGUAUUUGCAAAAUCCUUGCAAUUUAGAAUUUAGCAAGACAAGAAAUGACUUACCAAGACUACACAAUAAAUUAUAUAGUUACAUUAAAGUAAAAUGCUUGUACAACUCUCAGUUUAUAAAAUUGAAGCCAACACAGUGAGAUAAAUAAUUAAAUUUUUUAUAUUGAGCAUGUAAAUGUUUUAAGGCAGUUUUUAAAAGUCUUCUCAAACAUUUGACUGCAUUUACUGUUAACUUGAAGUGUUUUGUUUUGUUGUUUUUUUGUCAGAUUGAAAGUACCUCUCUUCACUGAACUGUAAGACAUUAUUUUAUUUGACAUGUAUAAAAGUGUUCAUUAAUAAUAAUUUGUUUCCUCCUCUUGGUCUGAGAAGGCUAUAACCAUAAAGGAAUAAACACAUAUAAAUUUAAAAUCUUGCAAUUAAUUAUUAUUAAUAUUUAUUACUAAUUCAGUAAUGGAAAUUAUACUAGAAACUACAUUAAUAAUGAAAUAAUUAAUUCUCAGAAAAUUCUAGGAGAGUUGGUUGUUAAACUAAAGUGAUUUUUAAAGUGUUGAAUGUCAAUUUAAUUGUUUUCAGUGUAUCUUUAAUUGCAUUUUUUGUUUUCCUCUGGACUUAAAAUUGAACUUUUCUUUUCUGCUGGUUUGUCGCUUUGGUAACACCAAAGAGACAAACACUGCAUGCUUUUAACUGCUUAAAAGUGUUAUGUCUGAAACAAUAACCAACAUCCAAUUUAUUUGUUUUUUUGUCCUUGAUCACUGGUUAAUUGAAUAAAGAAUUAAGAUAAGUCAUGGACUUUUUGCAACAAAUUCUGUUCAAUUACUUUAGUACCAUGUACAGAAUGGUGUGAUGAGUAUGUUGCUAACCAUGGAACCUUUGUCUGACCUUUGAACAAAAUUAUUUGAUUACAUAACACAUGAAUAUUUCAAAACAAUUCAUGCUACUAUCUGAGUAGAAUGUUGCAUAUCAUUGCAGCAAGAGUUUGCAUAGUAGAAAUGAAUGGGUAAUAGCUUGGAAUGAUGGAAACAAAGUAUUAGGUUCAUUAGUUGGACCCCCUUAUUAAAAUUUUGUUGAUCCACCUCUGUGGUUUCUAUAAGAUUGUUCUGAUUUUGGUCAUAUAUUAUGAAAACAAUUAAGGCAUUAGAGUAUUAAGUACCCACUUGCCCUAUUUCCCUUGUUCUAAUAAGUUGUGUAAAAUAUAAUGUUUGUAAUGAUGAUGUACAUGUAGUGAGGUAGGGCCCCUUUGUUGGCUCAGUUGAACCUGGGUGUUUUCUAGUUACUAAGAUGUCUUUUUUCUUCAUAUUUUGUUAACACAGUUGCAAAAGGACAGUUGAACCCUGUCUAGCCAGAUGCAUGCUUCAUGUUAAAACACCACCAAGAUGUCACUCGUUAUUGAACAAUGACAUUUAUUUUGAUACGAGCAACUCUUUUUUUAUGUUAAACGAAGUUAAUUUGAAGGACUUUAGAGUUAAUAUAAAUGCCUACUGGCAAGUUUAUGUGGCAAGAAUAUCCAAAGAUAUUUAUUAAUAGCAACAUUUACAGAAACUGUAUGCAUAUUUCAAAAAUUACAUGUUUAAGUUUGUUAAAGCUCACACACAGUUUAUGAAGUAAACAUAAAGUUAUAUUAAAAAUGUCAUUAUUGAAUAUUAAGAAUAAUAGUUUAAAUUUAUGGAUUCAUAUAAUUUAUUUGUUGUGAGAUAUAAGUUCAGAUCUUUAUUAAUGUAAUUGCUUCAAAAGGUUCAUUAAAAAUCAAAUAAUAUUGUUAUUUAGCUUUGCAGAAGACGGGAUAUUGCAAUUAAAAAAGUAUAUUACAUGUACCACAGUGUUGGUCGAAUGUUUUGUUGUUAGAUAUGUCAAUAAAACAGUUGAUUCUUCAACUGCUUCAUUUUUCUCAGACUCUUAGUCUAGUGUCUUGCCAUUUACCUGCUCUCAUCCCGUCUAAAAAUGUAACCCUUUUACACUAUUGUCACAUCUGUGACAUGAUUCUUUAAUUUUCUUGACUCCAGAAAGACCUCAUAUGUGAAAUCAAGUGCCCGUAUAAAGUUAAGAGGAAGUUAAGGUAGACAGGAAGUUAUAUGUAAGAUAUGAUUAGAAAAGGGGGGUAUUUUGGAUAUUUUAGUUUUUCACCGUUUUUGUAAUGAAAUGCACGGAAAUUAAGUGCACAAGUUGAAGUAAGUAGGUUAAAAUGAUAUUGUUAAGCUGCCCUGGGAAGAAAAUCUUUGAUAAAUAGUACCUGCAUGACUUUACGUUUUAUCCCUAACCUGCGAUCAGGCAAAACAAAAAAAAAAUCGCAUGAUCGCCGGUUAUUUUAUCCCUGUUGAUGGCAACUCUAUCCUAUUUGCCUGAUGCAGCCCCUAAAAAGAAUUAUCAGGUAGAAUACGUAAUAGGUUUUCCUCUUGGCGUAAACCUGGGAAAACGGAGGUUUGAAAAGCUUUGAGAAAGCCUCAAACAAUGAAGCGGUGCUUGCAUACUCUUUACAAAAUUCCCUUUGCAUGGAAUUCACGUAAUUCUGCACUUGUUUGUGUGACUUUUACGUCACCUUUUCAAUAAUGACACGAACACCGACUAACUUUUCUCGGCUUAGACUGGAACAGUUGCUGUGCUGGAAUUUUUGGGGAUUGUUAAGUUCUCAGCGUGUACAUGGAGGUAGAUGGCCCUAGGUAGGUGAGGUAACCCGCUUAGAUGGGGUAUAUUCCCGCCUGAGGAUAUAUCCUCUCAUAAGGUCACCCCAUCUAUCGUAAACGUGAUCAAAUUAAAAUGAGAGAUCAUAUGGACAGUCGAGUUACCUCACCUACCUGGGGUCCCCCACCUCCACUGAUAGGUGCUGUUUCAAAGGACCUUUUUAUGUUUGUAAUAUAGUGACAACGCGAGCGGAGCAAAACACUUUUCGUGCAGUAUGAACUAGAAUCUAAGAGUAUCCUUAGCUUUUAUUCAGGCUCUGAAUGGAAAAGUAGCGAAUCACAAUAUUCCUCUGGGUUAUUAUGGUUUUAACUGCGUAUAGCAAAGUUUAUUGUGGCAUAGCUUAGCAACGAACCUUGUGGUCUGAAAUCCAACCUUAGCGUCUGCCUAUACCGGUACCUUGCGAUAAUGCCCUCUCUCCUUACAUCUCUAUUAUGUCUUUCUUUCCUCUCUUCUUAAAGAAAGAAAGAAAAACUUGAGCGUCUAAUCGCGGGUUACGGAUUCCAGGUUAUUUGAAAGGUCUCAAAAUGGCCAAAGACUCCAACCUCACCCCCGUCCAACAUUCAAGCGCAUAACAAAUAUCUGCUAAAAAGUACGCUACUCUUUCACUCUUUCUUGUCUCAUGCUUUGUGUCUAAACCGCUCAACAGAUCUAGACAGCAAAACAGAAGAAGCAGAAAAAGUCAGCCAAGGAGAAACUACACCUGCUGUCGGGGAGGCAGAAGGUGAUGAAAAGAAGGACAGCGAAGCCGAGCCAACAGCUGCUGGUGAAGCGAAGGAAACGGAGGGGGAAGGAACGACAGCAGCAGAAGGAGAGGAGACGGUGGGUGAUGCAGAGAAGAAUGACGAAAAGUCAGCUGAGGAAGCGGUCAGUGAACAGAAACCUGAAGAUGGUGUUCCUAAGAGCACAGGAGAACCAGGAGCGACGACAGUAGCUCAGGAACCGGAAAAUGACCCAACUGGAGACCAGACAGCAGAGGAACAACAACAACAACAGGAACAGCAACCACCAUUACAACAGCAAGAGGAACAGCAGGAGGAGCAGCAGGAACAAGAAAAUGGUGAAUGCUUGUGA